CUCCCCAGCUGUGCUCUCAGGAUGAUGGAGUGGGAGACAGCCGAACCUGCGGUUGCAGAGACCCCGGACAUCAAGCUCUUCAGGAAGUGGAGCACUGAUGAUGUGCAGAUCAAUGACAUUUUCCUGCAGGAUUACGUUGCGGUGAAGGAGAAGUUUGCCAAGUACCUGCCCCACAGUGCAGAAUGCUAUGCUGCCAAGCGCUUCUGCAAAGCACAGUGCCCCAUCAUGGAGCGCCUCACUAACUCCAUGAUGAUGCAUGGCCACAACAAUGGCAAGAAGUUCAUGACUGUGCACAUCAUCAAGCAUGCCUUUGAGAUCAUCCACCUACUCACUGGUGAGAACCCAUUGCAAGUCCUGAUGAAUGCCAUCAUCAAUAGUGGCCCCCAGAAGGAUUCAACAUGAAUUGGGUGAGCUGGCACAGUGAGAAGGCAGGCUGUGGACGUGUCCCCACUGCUCUGUGUAAAUCAGGCCACCUGGCUGCUGUGCACAGGGGCCCGCGAGGUGGACUUCCUGAACAUCAAGAUGAUUGCUGAGUGCCUGGCAGAUGAGCUCAUUAAUGCUUCCAAGGGCUCUUCUAACUUCUACGCCAUCAAGAAGAAAGAGGAGCUGGAGCUGUGGCCAAGUCCAACUGCUGAUUUUCAAGCUGCUGACCAAUAA